AUGAGCUUAACAAAAGGUGAUGCAAUCUUAGAUGUCGAUUCGAUUCCUGUUACAACAGUUACUGAUUUAUCCAACAUAAUUUCUGUAACUUUAGUAAUUGAGCAACCAAAUGAUCCAAUGGCAACAGCAUAUGUUCGUCUGGCAUUAAUGGCUCAAAAAUCGGUCGAAAUGGAUUUGCCACUUGCGCCUGAUGUAAUUGAUAUUUGUCAAUAUGAAUAUAACCGAAUGAAGCAAAACCCUGAUUUGAAACCGCAUAAAAGCAUUUUAAAAUCCAGCAAUGAUAAGCCACGUCCAAUUAAUUUACGAAUUCAUGUAAGCGAGAAAACGGAAGAUGUGCCUAUUGCAUGUGAAGAUAAUCCGGCAUUGUUAAUGAAAGUACCAACAGCACCUGACAAACAGCAAUAUUCUUCAUCUUCAGAUUCACCAAAACAGUAA